GAAAGACAGCAUUGAUGUAUGUUUACCUCCGAGUGUCAGGAGGCCCGUCAGUGAUCACUCACACGCAUCUAAUCCAGUUUUGAUGAACUGGGUUAAUAGACUCCCUGUGGUCAUUAUCAAAGAGACUCAUUUCUAUUCAUUUCUCAGCGCACACGACCCUCACACACCCACCCCUCAUUACGUGUGGCCUCUCCUCACAUAAAUACUGCUCUUCUGUUCUCUGGAGUGUCAGUUAAUCCUCAAGAAUUCAGCAUGCCACGUCCGGACAGCUCUUACCCGCAGUUCAUCUGGAAAAAGGCAGACCCACGUCCUGGAGCCGCAGUGGGCUGGAGAGAAGAGAGGGCUCAGGGCAGGGUGAGCUGUGACCCGUGCACUCUUGUCCAGCUCCGGCUCUCUGGACUCACUUGCCCUGACAAAGACCAGAGUGCCGUCGCCAGAGCCCGUAGACGCCGCAGACUGGCUGCCAAUGCCCGUGAGAGGAGGAGGAUGCUGGGCUUGAACGUGGCCUUCGACCGCCUGAGGAGCGUCAUUCCUAAUGUUGAGAGUGACAGGAAGCUGUCCAAGUCUGAGACGCUUCAGAUGGCACAGAUCUACAUCAGCACUCUGAGUGAGCUGCUGGAGGAAAGAGACUGCGACCCGGAAUUUAGUUACCCGAUGUUAGCGACGGAAAUGCAGGAUCAGGCCAUCAUGAAGGGUUCAGUGCCAACCGAAGAGACCAAACCAGAGCAGAAAACCACUCCAACCUGUAGGAAAAGAUCAUGUCCCAUUGGCUGUGACCCGAAAACACCUGAAUUAUCGGCGGACUCUCACUAUACAGAGAGGAGCAAUGGAGCAAAAUGA